AAUUAAUUAAUUAAUUAGAUUAAAAUAAUAAUAUAAAAUAUGAUUCACGACUCUUUACUUAUUUUGUGGGAUUAUCCACAUACGAAAGAAACGGCGCCAAGUAUUAAUACCUUAACAUUUAUGAAGGAAGAAGAUGCUGAAAUUUACAAUAGAAUAUGCAAUGUAGCCAGAAGUCAUCAUAAAAUCCAAAACUACAUCGAAACGUCGGGAUUUCGCUCCAGAAAAUUACAAUCUGCGUCAGGUCUCAAGACUUCCGGUUUAUAUGCACAAGCCCUAAGUGAGGGUAUCACUGAAGUUCUUCAAAACUAUAAGAAAACAUUAGUUGAAGUUGAAAGUUUAGUAAUUAACAAUCAUAACUAUAAUCUAUCUUUUAUAUAUAGCUAUGUAGAAAAAUUCCAUGGAUUGUUCAAUACUUUGAACAGAAUAAUUGUUACAAUUAAGGAGAGGAGGCUAACUGGUUGCCAAAUAUUGAGUUUAACUCACCAAUACAUCUUAAAUGGGAAUGAAAUGGUACAUGAAGCUGUUAUGAAAAUAUUCAGUAGUAUAAACAAAGUGUUUGUGAAUCAAUUGUGUACAUGGCUGUUGUAUGGUGAAUUAAGAGAUCCAUACCAAGAAUUCUUUAUUUAUCAAAACCAAAAAGAUGAUGUGUCAGACACAAUUCUUUCUUCUCCUUCAACAAAUACUUGUGACAAAUCUCUGGCAUCCACUUUACAAGAUACAACUCUGGAUUGUGGUUAUAAUUUAAACCCCAACAUGAUACCCUACUUUGUCCCACUUUCCCUGGCUCAGGAAAUAUUGUUUAUUGGGAAAACUGUAAUACUCUUUGGCUUUGAUCCUCGAAAGGUGAAGAGGAGUAACUGUUUUAUGCAUAAUAGGCCUAUAAUGCCUUUACAGAAUUGUGGUGCCGACUCUAGAAGAUUUACAAUAUGGGAAGAAAAAGAAGCAGAAUUUCAUGACAAAUUGCAGAAACUUAAAAAUCCUGAAGAGUUUGAAGUUACUAAUUUAAGGAGUGUAGUAAGGGAGAUAAAAGAAUGUGUUACCAAGCACCUGUGGACCGUCGCAGUAGAAGAGGCACAGCUGCUCCAUGAGCUGCGUUUAAUGAAAGACUUUUACCUACUGGGUCGCGGAGAAUUGUUCUUAGAACUUUUACGGCUUACGGCCCAUAAGCUAGAUAAGCCUACUACAAGGACAUCAACAAGGGAUAUGAAUCAUUCUUUUCAAUUGGCGGCGAGAGCGGUAUUUCUCAGCAAUAGUGCAGAUAUUGAUAAGUUUAGUUUUGAAUUGCCUUACGUGAAGCCUAACAUAUCGGCGAACUCCUCAAUUGGGGAUGACAGCAACACAGUCGCAGAUGGAUGGUCUAGCAUAAUUUUAAAGUACGACUUUAAAUGGCCCCUGCAUUUAUUAUUCAUGCCCGAAGUUCUAGCAAGAUACAACGAUAUGUUCCGGUUUCUAUUGAGGAUUAAGAAAACGCAGCAUGACUUACAUGCUCUAUGGAAGACUUAUAAACAGUCGACGAGUUUCUCUAUGUGCCAACUCCAUAACAAGCUGAUGUUCCUCAUGGACCAUUUGCAACACUAUAUGCAAGCUGACGUGCUGGAGACUAAUUUCUCGCGGCUAAUGGAUGCAGUGAACAAGACGGCCGACUUUGAGAAGCUUAAAAAGGCACAUGCAACAUUUCUCGCUGACAUACUCAGUCAAUCAUUUCUAACUGUUACUUCGUCAUCUGAGAGCGACUGUUCAGGCGACACCAUCGACUCUAUAAACAACCCAGUGUUCUGCAAUAUAAUGGAACUGAUAAAACUAUGCGACUCCUUCUGCAGUAUGAACGACUUUGUGUCUGAUAAGGAAGCCGAAGACUACUACAUACGGGGCUACUCUGAUAGGUUUAAUAAGUUGGUGAAACAAUUGAUGCAACUGCUAGUGUCAGUGCGCGAGCGACCUUCUGGAGUGUACUUAGCACGGUUGCUCAUGAGACUGGACUAUAACCGCUGGCUCAGUGGGGAGGCGCAACUCACACAGUCUGUAACUAAUAUGCUACGGUACUAAAUAC